CACCAAUCACAGAGGGGAUGUGAAAUGCAUUGUGGGUGUACCACUGAGGUUGUUGGGAGGUAGGCGGUAGCCACUAGCCAGCAGUGGACUAGCAGCAGAUGCCGAUAUGUCACUUCUCAGCCAAUGUGUGGUUAUUUGAAGCUCGUGAUAAAGACUAAUUAGCAGUACACAAUGGAUUCCCCUGAAGCAGAGGCUUCAGCCCACAGUGAAAGAAGGGAAGACACCACACCAAGCACUUCAAAUAUAUCAGGUCAGGGAGAAGAUGGACCAAAGCCAAAGAAGGCAUCUUUGAAGAGGACCACUGGUAAGCCUACAAAUGCAAAAGCCACAAAGCAUAAAAAGGCCAGAGUCUCCAGGUCUGCCCCGCUUGGCUACACUGUCCAUCAAGGGGAAGAUAUGCUUCUUGUCAUAUCCAGUUCUACUUCUCAGUACGAUGGUUCGGCCUGGAAUCCCCCAAAGAAGGGAAGCAAAAAGAAGAAGCUAACUAAAGGAAAAGGAAAAGCUAAUCAGAUUAAGAAAAAAAAGAAAGUCCGUGCCAAGCCUAAAGUGACACACAAUUCCGUUGCCGAGGAAAAAGAGGAAACUAAUGUGUUUGUGCCACAGAAAACAGCAGACCACAGAUGGGGUCAAAGUCUUCCUGAGGAGGUGCUAAUCAGUAUUUUUCAGAUGGUGGUCGUCCAAGAUGGAGCUGUACUAUUUCUAUGCAGGGUGGGAAGAGUGUGUCGUCUGUGGAACGCUGCUGCCUCCAGUCCGGUCCUGUGGCGUAAAGUGACUGUAGGUCACUGCUGGAUUGCACCCGGGAAAACCCAGCUGCCUAAAACUGAGAUGAAGAUUAAGGAGACGUUUAACUGGCUGGCACAGAACAGAUUCUCUCAGCUACGAGACUUCUCUCUCUGUCACUGGAAGAACAAUGUUACCUAUGCACUAGAGGUUGUGUCGCAGUUCUGCCCCCACCUUCGCUCCCUCAAGCUCUCCUACUGCACAGGCCUGGCUGCGACAGCCUUCCACAGCCUUGGUCUGCACAGCCGCUCUCUGCAGAGCAUGGAUCUCCAGUAUUCAGAGUUUCAGGUUGAGGGACUCCUGGAGUAUCUUGAAAAUCAUGGGAGCCAGAUCAAGCACAUUUUGUUCACUCAUGGAAUAAAGAAUGACAGACUUCUGACUGCCAUCACCAAGGGGAACUGUCCUGAUUUGGAGUUGUUGGAGGUCAACACAAAGCUCGACAGUAAAGAUUGUGAACUUCCCGUUUUCAUCCAGGCACUACAGAUUGCAUGCCCUAAACUCAAGACCUUCCGGAUGCUGAAUGUCAGACCUCUGCAUAAGACGAUGCGUAAUAGUGCAGAUUCAACAUUAGGCUUCCCUUUACUGGAGGAGCUGUGUAUCGCAACCACCUCUUAUUCCUACAUGACCGACAAAGAUUUGUGGGACAUCCUCUUUGGCUCCACCAGACUGCGGGUGUUGGACCUGCGAGGAUGUUCUCGAAUCACACCAUCCGGUCUCGCAACACUACCCUGCCUUGAGCUUGAGUGUCUGUUCUGGGGACAGUAUUUCAGCAGCAAUGUUGGGUUGUCAUCACCUAAGAAGGAGCUUCACAUGGUGACUCAGAAAUGGAGUCGAACGCUGCAACAGCUCGACAUCGCAAAUCAGCUCUUCACCGAGGACGACUUGGAGAUGGCGAUGAGUCACCUCGCUCAGGCCACAGAGGCAGACACCCUGCGUUCACUAAACCUGAGUGGGACCAGGAUCACACCACCUGCCCUCAGGCCUGUCAUCGGCCAAACGACUGCUCUUAGCUACCUCAACCUUUCAUCCUGCCGUUAUCUUCCAAGAGGAGUGAAGAGAAUUUACCGUGGCCAAGAAGACAUCCGCCGGCUGCUGGACAAAUUGGAGUAGUUGUCAUAUUGAUUCUGUUUCAAAAAGGCUAAUGUCUUAAAACGCACUUCUUUGUGGAUUUUUUUGUUCAAGGAAUGUGGACAACUUACCCACAGGUGCUUUUGUAAAUGUUGUUUUAUACGUACAAAACAGAACAGAGAGUUCAUGCAAAAAGCCUCCUUACUGUGCUAACAAGCACGGAUUUAGCAUUCAGUGAGAAAAACUGUUGCUGCUGUAUUUCUUAUUUUAUUUUUAAGAUUAUUCUUUGGGCAUUUCUGCUUCAUUGAUGAUGAAAGAGACUGGCAGGAAAGGCAGGGGAGAGAGAGGGGAUGACAUGUAGCAAAGUAUCCUGGACUGUACUUACACCUGGGCCACUGUGAUGAGGACUAUUACAAAAUAAGAGCCCUGUCUGCAUGUAGCGUAAGGGGUGACAUUUAUAUGAAUCACCUGAACUGUUAGCCUACAGGGUCAUAUUCAGUUGUGUCAUUUUUGCCUCUUUUUCAAAUAAAUCUUUUUACGCCAAGUCACAAUAAUAGCAGAGAAAAUAUUAUCAAGAAAUAUUUGAUAUUAAAAAUAAAUGUUAAACAUGUCA